ACGCACAAUGGCUGACGUCACUCCGGUGUGUUUGGGGGAAUUAGGUUGGUUGUAAGAGGCAAAAAGAGCCAUCACUGAUUGACAUUGACUGUGUAGCAGAGUACUCCACAAAGCUCCUUUUCAGUUGCCCAAACUCCUGGCCGGUCUGUGGACCCCUUUAGCCUGAUGUCGCUUUCACAUUCAAAUCCGCUGGGCUCUCUCCCGAGGGAGAACGUGCUGUGUAGUCAUGGCGACUCAGCCCUGCCGACUGCCAGUUUGCAAGGACGUCCAGGAUGCUGGUGAACGGAGCCAGCGUCAGGGUAAAUUCAAUACCCACCCCCUGGGGGUGAGAUUCUCCCCCUGCAAAUGGGGCGGAGUUUGUUUUGCUCUGGGAUUUGCUGCCGGCUGUCAGUGUGGCCCUGCUGUGGAACCGGUGGGUCUCCAGGAUAUGAUAUUAAACACAGAGACAGCCUGUCCUACAGCUAUGAAGGUAGGCCCAGACAGUCCAGAAGAAAAUGUUGGGACCAGCCUCUUCCACCGCCUUUGGGCCCAGAGGAUGGUGAUGCGUUCGCAAGAGGAGAUGAAGUUCCUGUUGCACCGGCUGGUGGUAGCCUCUGGCAUCUCUGCGAGCUGCCCGGGCAGGAUGGAGCUGGGAGCCCACUGGGAGACCCUGUGCCACAGAGUCCAGCGCCGUCACCAUGGAGACGUGGUUACCGGACUGCUGCUCCUCUACCCGACCUGCGCGCUUCACAUCGUCGAGUGCUCCAGCGAAGCCCUGGUCACCAUCCUGCAGGACCUGGGGGGUGUGCACACACCAGAGCACAGCCCCCCCGCCACGGACGCCAGGGUCCUGGCAGUGUCACAUGACCUGCCGGUGCGGCUCUUCCUGCAGUGGAGCUGCAAGGCGCUGCCUCCAGUGGCUCGGACUCUGGCGGGCGGCUCGGAGCGGGAGCCCACAGAGAAGCUGGUCACAGAUGCUCUGGAGCAGCUGGUGCAGCUAAGCCAGCACAUGCUCAAGGUGCCCAAGGGGUCAAAGGUCGCCAUGGAUACUGCCCUGGACCAGGUGCCAGAGCUGAUGGUCCCGCAGGGUGUGGUGGAGGAGCUGCUGAAGAGAGAGGAGCUUCUCACGCCCAAGCAGUACUUGGAGGUCUACCACUCCCCACUCAACGCGUUGGGGGACUCCGGUAGGGCAUCGGGACACAUCUUCAGUAGCAACUUUAUUACCACAGUAUAGAUGUGAGCAAAGGUUAUAAGUCGCAGGUGUGUGCGUGAUGUGCUCUCCGGGUUCUGGCAGCCUCAAGGUUUCUGUGUCGCUGGCUGCAGCUCUGUGCUCUGCUGUCACCUUGUGGCGGUGAUCGGUACUACAGCCCCCGACAACUGCGAGCCCCAGGGACUUAUACGCAACGUCUGCCUGAACGUCAGAAAGACAGUUAUAUACUGUAAUAUCAUAAUGACAUUGAUUAUGAUGAGAAUAUUAGCUUUACACAUAGUACCACUUAUUUUUCUAGCAUCAUUGAGUUGUAGCUGAUCAACUGCAUCCCCUCACUGAUGGUUAAUUUGUGAAUGCAGAGUAAAGUACAAGAAAUAA